CACAGCGACAGACUGAAAUGGGGAGGAGUCUGACACACUGAGUUCAGUUUAGGACAGACUGAAGGACAAACAAGCAGGAAGGAGGAAUUUCAAAAAGCAACGUGUUUUCCAGAAAAAUAUCAAAAUAUUAAAGCAUACUGCAUAUUGCCUGCCUGAAGAACAAUGUCUCUGUCUCCAGCCGCCUUGGCCGCUCGUCGAGUGUUUGCUGCUGCGUCACACUCGAGCCAUGAGGGAGGAGCGAGGACCUGGAAGAUACUGACCAUUGUGUUGGCCAUUCCUGGUGUUGCUGUCUGCAUGGCCAACGCCUACAUGAAGAUGCAGGCGCACUCACAUGAGCAGCCAGAAUUUGUGCCAUAUCCUCACCUGCGUAUCCGCACCAAGAAAUUUCCCUGGGGCGAUGGAAACCACAGUUUGUUCCACAACGCUCACACAAAUCCUCUGCCCGAUGGCUUCGAGAGCUCCCAUCACUAAGAGGAUCGGUCACAUUUCUCUGCACUGCUUCCAAUCAGCAGCGUACUUGGCUUAAUUAUACUGACCGAGGGGCCACGCCGCACCGCCAUCGAGCGAUGCACCCACACAGGAAUAAAACCACUUUGUGCUGUAUUACAA